AUGUUUGAAUAAUUUAUCCAGAGUGCAGAGAAUGUGAAUUAAGAUGAUACUGAAGGAAAUUUGAAUAUUGAUAUGUUGCCAUAACAGAAACAUACCUAAGUUUAAAAGAAUAAUUAAUAAUAAUAAUAAUAAUAAAUUCCAGAUAAAAUAAUUCAAUAAUAUGAAAUUAGUUAUAAAUAAUUAGAUUUAUGUGAUUCACUAUUAGCUGAUGAUUCAAGUAGAUAUUAUUUACUAAUAUUAUAUAGGAGUGAAUGAUUCAGAAGAAAGUAGUUUCGGAUAUUUAGGAAAAGAGUAGGCAACUGAAGUCAGUUGUUAUUUCACUUAAGCUUAGUAAUUUAUUUAAUUAGUUAUUUAUUUUUAGAUAAUUCUAAUAGUAACAAAACCAAUAACCAUUUUAACAACAACAGAAUUUAAAAGUGAAAGGAAAAUCUAAUAUUAAAGAUAAGUUAAGAAUUAAUAUGAUGGAUGUGUAAUUAGCAUAAGCUGCGUAAUUAAUAUUUUAUAAUUAAUUAAAGUUAGAAACAUGAAUAUCUGAAAUAGCAAUAAUUGCUAUAACAAUAAUAGUAACAUCAUGAUAAGAUUUUGCCAGAUGAUAUUAAUAGUGAAGAUGUAAGUAAAAUUUAUAUUCAUAGUUUUGA